CCAUAUUUUACUUUAUAGUCUUGUAGUUUAGCUCUAUGAUCCACUUCGCAAAAUCUCUAAUGAAACAAGCGAAUCUCGUGAUCCUGUCUUCAACGCCGAGUUGGAAAUCCAGGAGAGGAAGCUCAUGAAUGGCCUGAAGGCCAUAAUGAACUAUUGUGAGAAACAAGCCAGACCAGUGUCCAAAACAUCAACGGAAACUACAAUGGUUACGGCUGUGACUCGAAGCGGAAGUUCCAGCAGUGUCUCGACUGGUAGAGAUGCUUUGACUAGAGAGGUCUUACAUCUUAAGGAGGCUAUGGCUGGCAUAAAUUUGGCGAGUCGAGCCGCUGCUGGACGAAAUCGAGAUGAAAUGUUGGAUUCGUUUGCGAAAGAAGAGCUGUGA